CACAACUGUGUGUGGGAUUUGUUGAAGAUCUUAUCGAGGGGCGGGUAGGCAACUGUGACUGCAGCCAGUUGCAGUUGUCUUUGGGCUUUUCCGGGCAAUCAUGUUGCCACUGCUGCUGCCCCUGCUGCUCCAGCUGCAGUUGGCUGUGAACGGCACGAAUGUGGCGCAGUUCUUGGCGCGCAUUGGACGCGUGCAUCAGCUGCAGGCCAUAAGCAUAGUGCACAGCACCGGCGCCACUGAUGCGGGAUUUCUGGAUGCACUGCAUCUUCAGCUGCACCAAGAGCACAACUAUUUCCGGCUGCUGCCCAAGCUCAUAGCAACGGAACAUUCGGCCGGGCAGUUUAACAGCGUGAUGCAUGACCAAACGCUAUUUGUGAUCUUUGCGCGGGACUCCAGGGAUGCCGUAAUCGAGCUGCAGGCGGAGCGCGCACGUAGACGUCGCUACUGCAAGACCUUCUUCCUGCUACGACGGGAUGAGGCGCAAGCAGAUCUAAGCAGCUUCUUUGAGUACCUGUGGCAGCAGGGAUUUCGCUCGGCCUUGGUUAUGGUGGCUCAGCGGCGUCUCUACCACAUGGAUCCGUAUCCCACGCUGCGUGUGCUGGAACUGAGUGCCACGCAAAACGCAGUCACGCUCUUUCCGCCACCCAAUCGACGUGAUUUUAUGGGCUACAAGCUGCGUGUGCCCGUGCAGCUGGACGUGCCGGCUACCUUCUGGUAUCCAACUGAGCCGCAUCAGCUGCAGCUGGACGGCGCCGGUGGCACCUUGAUACGCGAACUGAUGCAUCAUCUGAACGUUUGCCUGGAACUGUAUCCACUAUAUAUCAAUGGCUCCAACAACAUUAAUAUGCCCGCCCUGGUGCAGCUCGUGGCGGAGCAGCACGCCGAGCUAAGCCCGCAUCAGUUUACGACAUUGCAGCGCUCCAACUCUGUGGACUACUCCUAUCCGUAUGUGGUGCUGCCGCGCUGUUUUAUGCUGCCGCUCGCCGCGCCCUUUCCGCGCAGUCUUUACGUGAUUCUGCCGCUGCAGCCGACCGUCUGGCUUGGCCUGCUGAUGAUGUUGCUUCUGGUGCUGCUGAUGCGUUACCUAAAGCGACGCCUGAUGCCACAGCUGCCCCACUUGCAUCUCUGGUCGCUGCUGGGCGUGCCCGGCAGCCAGGUUGGCCAUUAUACGCAUAUGUGCUGGUCGAGAUUUGCGCGCUGCCUGCUGUUCUGUGGCGUCUUGGUCUUUGCCACCUUCAUCAUUGUCCAGCUGUACGCCACCAAGUUGACCUCGUCGCUGACGGUGUCGCUCAGCCCCAAGCCAAGUGUUACGCUGCCGGAGCUACUGCGUCUGCCAUAUCGCAUACUGGUGCUGCCCGGCGAUGUCAAUGGCAUUGUGUCCGCCUUCGGACAUGCGGCUCAAUUUCGACGCCAGUUUUAUUUUACGAACGAGAACGAUUUCUAUGCCCAGCGUUUGGAGAUGAGCGCCGGCUAUAUCUAUCCCAUAAGCACGCCGCGCUGGAGAUUCCUGAGCCUGCAACAGCGCUAUCUGAAGCACAAACGUUUCUGGCUAUCGUCGCUCUGCUAUGGCACGUUUCCCGCACAGUUUCAGCUGCGCAUUGGAUCACAUUUUCUGGAGCCACUGCAUCAGUUCGAGCUGCAUGCCCACGAGGCUGGCUUGCCGGAGAAAUGGCGCCAGCUCUAUUAUUACCGGGCCAAGCAGCUGGGCUAUGUCCGUGAUUUCGCCAGUGUUGAGCAUUUCGAGCGGAUGCACGAGGUCCGUCCAUUGGCCCUCAAUCUGCUGUCGUCCAUUGUGUAUCUAUAUCUGAUCGGGCUGCUCGUUGGCCUCGGCGCGUUUCUCUUGGAGUUUGUCCUGUAAAAGUAGCUGCUACUAACCGCAUUUGAUAUAGUUUUUAAGGCAUUUCGAGUAAUUUUAAUCUCAACUAAUUAACUUAUGUAUUUUUGGAUAUAUCUCUCAUUUCUUAACACAAUUUAUACCACACCGUAAUGUUAUCGACGAAAAUUGACAACAAAUUUGAUAUAUCCAUUAACUAAAUAUAUACAUAUAUAUAUACGUGUGUACCUAUAUAUAUGUAUAUGUAUGUGUAUAUGUAUUUGAUGGCCAAUUCACAAAUCCCGCUACUCCACCACAACACAUCAAAUAU